GCAACCGAAGGGUGACAAGACAAGGUUUCAGUGUAGACGAACUCUGAGGAAACAAGAUCCGCCCAACUCGGGAAAAAAGAGCAAGGGGUUAAAACUGGCACAGGGAACGCAAGGAUUUGGGAGUUGGGUAGAGUUGGGCAGUUCUGCGCCGAUGUUUUUGGGGGCUUUCUUUGGUUUCCCGGUGUGUGCUGCUUUCUGCUGGUUCGGACAGCUCGAUGUGGGUCUGGCAGGUCCGAACCAAGAUUUGGUACCGCGACACCAAGAUCUGGCGCCACGAGCCUUCCUCGGAUGGAAUCAAGUGCCUGCUGGACAAGGCCCACAAGACGCAGUCCUUGGGAUUUUCCAGAAUUCUCAAAAACACCCUGGAACACUUCUCUUCCACAGGCCACAACGCACAGACAACUUUCCCUUGGCCGGAUUCUCCGGAUGUUGCUUCGCUCUCUUCAAUCUCCGCUGAUCCGCCGUCCCGUCGUCACCGCUUUCGCCAUGUCGUGCUGUAAGGGGGUUACCACUAGCGCCGCGAAGCCCACUUCCUGCUGCGCGCCGAGGGCGUCCUCCGCGCCGUCAGAAGCUAGUAAGAGUAGCGGCUGCUGCGGGCCUAAGACUGUUCCCGCGCCGUCCGAAGCUAAGAGUGGGUGCUGCGGGCCUAAGGCCGCUGUUCCUCCGCCUACCGAAAGUAAGAGCAGCGGCUGCUGCGGGCCUAAGGCGUCCCCCCCACCAACUGAGGCUAAGAGCAGCAGCUGCUGCGGGCCUAAAUCCGCCGCUGCUCCCGCGGCUGCGACCGGUGCCGCCGGUGCCGGGAGCGACGUGACGCAUGCUGACGUCAGCGAGUAUUACGGAAAGACGGUGCAGCAGCAGACGGAUCUGCAGACGUCAGCGUGCCUGGUGACGGGCGGCGUGAGCGCGGACAUCCGCCGCCUGCUCAGCAACGUCCACGAUGAGAUCUUGACGAAAUUCUACGGCUGUGGCUCACCCAUCCCUCCCCUGCUCAAGGGUUGCACUGUGCUGGAUCUGGGGUGUGGAACAGGCAGGGAUGUCUACGUGGCAGCUCAGCUUGUGGGGCCCACAGGCCAGGUCAUUGGGAUCGACAUGACAGACGAGCAGCUGGCAGUGGCGCGGCAGCACGAGGAGUACCACCGGGAGAAGUUUGGGUUGGAAAAGUCCAACGUCUCUUUCAGAAAGGGGUUUAUAGAGAACCUCAAGGCGGCCAAUGUCGAGGACAGCACCGUGGACGUGGUGGUGUCCAACUGCGUGAUCAACCUCGCCCCCAGCAAGGUGCCGGUCAUCGCUGAGAUCGCCCGCGUGCUCAAAACGGGCGGCGAGCUCUACUUCUCGGACGUGUUCGCCGACCGCAGGAUUCCCAAGCACCUGCAACAGGACAAGGUUCUCUUUGGUGAGUGUCUGAGCGGAGCCCUUUACUUGGAGGACUUCCGCCGUCUCAUGGCCUCUGUGGGGCUGGGAGGGUGGGGAGUGGUGGAGGCUCGAGAACUCGACGUGGAAAACCCAGAGAUUGCUGCCCGGGUUGGUCCAAUCAGAUUCUACAGCCUGACGGUCCGGGCGGUGAAGCUGCCCUCUGGGGCAGGCGAAGGAGAAGGCGAGGACCUGCCCGAGGAUUACGGGCAGACGGCGAUUUAUUCCGGGUCUAUUCCAGAGCAGGCGGCAGAAUUUGUGUUGGAUGAUGUGAGGGUGUUCAAGACUGGUGUGGCUACACCUGUGGAUGCUACAACUGCUGCCAUGCUGGCAGUGUCGCGCUAUGGCAGUGCGUUUACUGUUACAGAGAAGGGGGCACACCAGGGCCCUUUCACUGGUUGGGCAAGGUUUCCGGCUUCAGUGGCUGGUGCAUGGUGGUCUGCUACUGUAGAGAAGUCGAAGUCUGGGUGCUGCUGAGGUGGAUGCUGAGGGGAUGUAGUGUUCGCAAUUGUAAUAGUUGACACUGACCAUAUCACGUGCACACACACUUCUGGCAAGCUGAAUGUGGCUGUUGAAAAAAUAAUUGAACAAGAUAAAGAUAUAACGACCCU